AUGUCGCGGAGCAGUUCCCCACGCGAUGAGCAGCUGUCCUACGAGCAGCGCCUCGCGGCUUUCAUGGACGAUGACGAGGGUGACGAGGCUCACGAUGCUUCCGAGUCGUCACUCGCGGGCCAAAGUGGCCUUGUCAACGGGCAUGCGCGCUCAGACAAGGGAAGGAUAGCCGUCAAUGGUCAAGCGAAUGGCCAAUUGCAGUCGGAAGGCGACGAGGACGAAGAGGAGUUCUUCUACAGCGGCACCGAUCGCCGCAAGCAGCUGUUCGGGAGUAGCGAAGAUGCGGAUGGAGAAGAGGACAGUGAUGCGGAUGUGAAUGAAGCAGCUGUGCGUCCUGUUCAAAGCUACGCUGACCGUUUGAAAGAUGCUCUAGGGAGCGACGACGAGGCCUUGCCGGGUGAGCUAGCCCAAUUGGACACUACGCGCAAUGGCGAGGAAGGCUCGGAAGUGGCCUGUGAAUCAGAAGAAGAAGCCUUCACCUAUCCAGGAUCGAGUAGACAAGCAGCAACGGCCGAUGAAAGCUUCAUGCUCCCCGACAUCACGGUGGACUCUGUUCAAGGCGACACCUCUUGGACUCACUCCACUCGCAGGGUGAGACCAGCUGGAUACCCAACCUUGUCGAGACUGAGAGCUGCAGGGCUGGGCCUUGGAUCGCGCCACAAUGACGACGCUGGCCCUUCACGACCCGGCAGUCUUCGCCUGUCAAGCACGGGCAGCAUACCUGCCUCAAUCAUGGCAGGCACAUAUGACGAGACUAGGAACUCCGGCAUGCACGUUCCCUCCUCGAGCGCUUCAUCCAUAUCUCAGGGAUCUUCAAGAACGGGGAGGAAACGUAGACGAAUGGCAUUUCCGUACGGACCCUCUUCUCUCGGCCCACUCCAGUCCAUAGGACCGCUCAUUGAAGCCGAUGGCGAGGCAGAACUGCAGCGUUCACUUCAUUCUUCGACAGGAGUGGGACCCUCAGAUGCAAGCGAUUUGUCAUCUGCUCCCCGCCGGUGCCGCGCUGUUGGGCCCCACGCUGAUCUGCCACCCUACAGAUGGUCCGCCAUUCGCAAACUCUCGCCGCAUCUCGCUGCGAUGCCGGCUAGGCAGUUGCGGUACGGUCCAGAUCGCACCGGAGCUGCGCUGAAGGCGGGCUCAGUACUAGCUGUGGGGGGUGGCUUGAUAGCUGUCGGACGCGCGGAUGGGACUGUCGUAGUGCAUGGGCACCCAAGCGGGAGUCAGACGUUCUUAGAUCACGAACAAGGUGAGCCUGACCGACAACGCGGCAACGCAAAUCAUGCAAAAUCGCAGGGAAUACUGAUCGCUCCUCUGCCGGAUACAGCACGCUCUGCUGGCCCCGUCACAGCGCUAGCGAUCUCAUCAGAUCAUACGUACGUGGCGGUCGGUCACGAUUCUGGUCACCUCAUGCUGUACGACUUGGCGCGACCGACUUUGCUAGCGCGUCAUGUAUCGCCUGUCCAAGCUGGUGAUGUUUUCUCUGGACGCAAGGAGGGUCAUCUGGUUAAUUCUCGCAUACUGCACUUGUCCUUUGUGGGAACAAGGCACACGGCCAUUGUCAGUGCAGAUGAGCAUGGGCUUGCUUUCUACCACUCACUUGGGAAAAUUUUGGGCGUGUCCUCGAAUGACACGCUUCGGAUGUUGGGCAGAUAUCCGGAAGCGCGAAUGACUAAGUCUCUUGGGCCCGACGCUUCCCAAGGCCCAGUGAACCCUCGCUCGACUAUCUUGGGAAUGUCAGCACUUCCCCUUGGCCCGAUUUCGCACUUUGCAGAUCAGUUCAGCUUUGUCGCCCUUGUGACAUCCUCGAAGCUCGUAGUCGUCUCUUUGAAACCGACUGCAAGGACUUGGUAUCGACGCACAGCUCCCUCGCCAGGUGUAAGCGCUGGAGAGCGGGAGCUGAAUUCUGCAAAGGACUCGCAAGCACGCCAUUUGGACGGAGGCUCCAUUCUGAACUCGCCGGCCUUCGAUGGCCGUCAGUACCGAGCCGAUUUGUCCGGCACUGGUGCUGCGCCGAAUCACGAAGCUGAGGCGAAUUCAAAACCAGCCUGGCUCAACUCAGACCGAAAUGCUUUGGCUAGCAUGGUGACUUGGUAUCCAGCGACAGGCGAAAGUCAGGACGGGGUCCCCAUUGCACCUUCUUCUUCGGACCCCCUCCUUGCGCAUAGCUUUGGGAACCAUCUCUUCGUCACCGCAUUACGCCCGGUAUAUGUGGUAGCUGGCAAUGCAACAGCUGCAGCAAGCACGAAUGGCUCGACUGUGUCCAAGACAGAGCUCCAAUUCGCGGACGAGACGACAUACACGCACCACGAGACUAUCAUAGCCUUGCAGUGGCUGUCGCGCGAGCAUUUGUUCGUGCUCGGAUCGUCGGGUGACCUGCAACUCUUCUCGCUCGCACGGAAACAAUGCGUGGCAUCACAGCAUUUGACGGAGGUCAUACCGCCUCUCGUCUUGCGCGAAUGGCGCGUAGCAGGUUCACCUGAGCUGCGCUCGAAGGCAGAGCUUGCUGACGGAGGCUCGCGGUCACUUGCACCUUCAGCGGCGCACAGCAUGAGGUCCUACAAGGGCCAGUUGUUCAUUCUCACCACGCACGAAGUCGUCGCGGGUACAGCUUUGUCUUGGGCAGACCACCUCUUGAGCUUUGUUUCGAAAGGAGACUUUCUUGGAGCUGUCGACCUUGCCACUGCCUUCUACACUGGUGCCAGGGGCCAGCAUGCCUUGGGACUGCCAGAUGAUGUGUAUGCGCGCAAAAGUGUAGUUGGCGGCAAACUCAGAGAGCUCAUGCGUGCUUCUGUGCAAUACGCCUUCUCGCCAGAGAGACUGACCGACUCGACACACGUCACGCCGGACGGUCGCGGGGUGGACAGGACCGAGCAAUUUCAACAACUCGCAGCUUCCUGCGCUGAAGCCUGUGUCGCCAUCGAAGAUCUAGACCUCCUCUUUAGCGAGAUCUACGACGCCUACGCUGACAACGGCAUAGAGUCUAUAUUUGCAGAGCAACUUGAGCUGUUCAUUGUUACGGGACGCAUACGUGUUCUGCCAAUCCCAGUGGUGCAGCGCUUGGUCGCCUUCCGACAGUUGCGAGAAGAGUACGACCUGGCAGAGAGGAUCAUAUGGCACGUCGACCCCGCUUGCCUCGAUAUCGAUCAGGCAUUAUCGCUCUGUCUGCAACAACGUCUCUGGGAUGCUUUGAUUUACGUCUACAACUCGGUCAUGGACGACUACGUCGCUCCCAUCGUGGAGCUCAUGGGCGUGCUCAAGGCGGCAAACAAGGAGCGGCAAAGUAGCGAAGACGUAGCCGAGCAGAUGCUCACAGCAAAUGAGGACGACGCGUACAAAAUCUUUUCGUAUUUGUCCGUGAUCCUCGCGGGGAGAUCAUACCCCAGUCAAGAGCCUCUCGCAGAGUCGAGAAGUGUCUUGGCAAAGAGGACGCUCUAUUCCUUUCUGUUUUCCGGACGUUGCGUCGCUUGGCCACCUGGACCCGGAGGACAACUCGUCUUCACUCAAGAGGAAAGGCACGAACCCACAUAUCCCUACCUUCGCUUGUUCUUGGAUUUCGACGCCGAGGCUUUCCUCGAUGCGCUUGACGUUGCUUUCGAGGAUUCUUUCCUUGAUGGAGAUGAGACUGAAGAGAACUCAUUCGCUCACUCUGGAGAUAAUGUCACUCGCCAAUUGCUGAUCUCUGUCUUGCUGGAAAUCAUCGACACAAAUCGAGUGGAAGGAGGUCACACCCUCGAUCCGUAUGGCGAAGCCAGCCGUCGCUCUGACGAAGUGACCAAGCUUUCCGAAACGGCGGUCACCUUUUGCUGUCUUUUUGUGGCGCGCAAUGCCCCAAAGUAUCCUCAAUUCAUUCGACUUCGGGCCGAUCAAGUCGUGCUUCUCUUGACUAUCCUGUCGACAAGCAUGGACGGUGACACUCGGGAAGAUCGCCAGCUGGGGGUCGAGUGCCUUUUGUCGCUAUACAAGAUAGAACAGACCGAGUCGCUAUUGGCACUCUUUGAGCAGGCAGGCUUUGUGCGAGUGCUACAAAAAGCUUAUCGAAGCGCAGGCAAAUGGAACAAGCUGGUCACCAUGUUGCUGCAUGACCCAUGUGCUGGAAACGAGGUGUUUGGACAGCUAAACGCUGUGCUGUCCAGCGCAGCGCUAUCCAGCGGCAAAGCAGGUCUAGACGCCAGUCUGCAGCAGCUACUGCUUGAUGCGGCUCCCCGCCUGGCACACAAUAGUCCGUCUGGGAUGGCGAGUCUCGUGGACCGCUUUUGCUGCGAACGACAUGGAGAGGUACUGGCCAAAUUGCAUGCGGACCAGACGGCGCAAUUGGAAUAUCUCCGGAGCUUCGCAGGCUUUGCAGCAGAGCCAGCACAAUCAGCGUCUAAUGCAGACGCCUCUUUGGAUUCAGCUCACCUUGAUCAAUCCGCGAGGCAUCUCUUCGUCUCUCUUGUAGCCGACCUUGAACCCGGCGCUCUCGUUCGGAGCCUCUCCAUUCAAAAUGCGGAGUACUUCGACUUGAGACGAGUCAUCGAAAUCGGCGAGGAGCAAGAGUGCUACGAUGCCGUCUUCUGGGCUCUUUGCGAAUUGGGGGAGCGCAAGCAAGCUUUCCAGGCUCUUGAUCGCUUUGUGGCGUUGGAAGCGAUGGUGCUUCGAGCCGACGAUGCCAGUCAGUCGGAUGCUUCCUUGAGCCUCGAGGCUUCGAGCAGCGCAGAGAAGCUGCGUCGUCUCGUCGAUCAGGUCGUCGACUUCUGCAAGCGAGUCGACACGCACUCGACAGUGCACCAGUCAUCUUCUUCAGCAAUCUCAUUCAAGGAUGCAUGGCUUCACCUCCUUCAGUCGUUGAUGGGACUGAUGCACGGGGUCGCCGCGGUCGCCGCAGGACCAGACAGCGCUCAGCAGCCAAUCGCUGCUAUGAAAUUUUGCCGCGCACUCGUCCGCGAUGCGCUGGCCUCUCUAGUGUCGUCCACCUCUGCGGACGCCAUCUCGUUCCCGGAUCUCUUCAGGAAGCUUGCGCUAGAGUCGCAAGGGACCUUAGACGGCGAUCAAUCGUCUGGGCGGAUGUACGCCGAAGUGCGUACAGUGCUGGAGGGUAUGCUGGACGCCUAUCAGCUCAGAAUAGAGCUGCUUGGCAUCACCAAUCGCUUAUUUGAUCGCGACGUCUUUACAGUGCUGUCCAGCUUGACUCGUCAGCGUAGACGAGGCUGGAGACCUAAGGCCGUCUCGCAGACCUGCAAUCGGUGUGGUGGUCCGCUCUUUGCAGACGAAGACGCGAGCAAGAUCGGAGGCCGAGCUGCAGACGCUGCUAGUCGCGACAUGGAAACGUCGCCGUCACCUACCGUCACGCGAAUGCGUAGGAAGUCGAGCGUGCCGAAUCUGGAUACGAUCCCCUCUCGGCCCGCUAGUCCUUUACUCCAGCCAGCUGUGUCACCAAGGCCAGACAAGGGCAAAGGCGUCGCUAGACCUCUAGGGGAUGACGAACCAGGAGGAUACUUCACCGGUCAGCCUGCCGGCGCAGGGCACACGCUGCCCUCUUUUGCCAGUAUUUCUCGCUCUAUGUCUGUGUCUAGCAUGACGACGGACCCAAGCGAGAGCUUCUCUGCUCUGCCCACGCCAAGAUUAGGAUUCUCAGAUGAAGAUGAUCGUCAAAGACAGAGGUCGAUGGAGGGAGACUUGGACAUCAGCGCGGUCUCGCGUGUAGACAGAUCAAGACGGCUUAGCACGCCAAGGUGGACGAAGGGAUUUGACAGCGUGAGCUCUCCUUCCUCGAGCCGCGAUGUAGACGGCAUUCGGCCGUGGAGAGAUGAGAUUUAUGAUGAGCAGGUGGACAAAGCCGUUGUUGUGCUGCGCACCGGCGAGGCUUGGCACCGCCGCUGUGCACCCUUUGCAAAUUAA